GAGAGAGAGAGUGAGAGAGAGGCAGAGUGCAGUCACAAAAAUUGUACUCUCUGGAUUAGGACCGAUGAAAAUAGACUCUCACAAUGAUGCCUUCAUUCAGCCCUGAUGAGCAAGCCAGAUAAACAGCAAGGGAUAAAAGGGGGGGAUGAAGGACCGAAGGAGAAGAGUUCAUGCUGCAAUCAUCUCUAACACAAGCUGCGGGUUGGUCGAGCAGACAACAACAGAUCGAAAUAGGGGAGGCGAUGGAAGCAUGCCAAGAGAAUGCACCCGGAACAGAAAGCGUAAGGAGGUUUCAGAGGAUUUGUGUUUUCUGCGGGAGCAGGUCAGGAAACAGGACUUGUUUCAGCGAAGCAGCUCUCGAUCUUGGCAAGAAAAUGGUAGAGCGGAAGAUAGACCUCGUGUAUGGCGGUGGAAGCGUCGGCCUUAUGGGUUUGAUAUCCAAAACUGUCUCUGACGGUGGCCGCAACGUUCUUGGAGUCAUUCCUCCGGCCAUCUUCCCAAACGAGCUGUUAGGAGAAACCAUCGGCGAGGUGAGAACCGUCGAGGACAUGCACGAGAGGAAAUCAGAAAUGGCAAAAAAUGCCGACGCAUUCAUCGCCCUCCCAGGAGGGUACGGAACCAUGGAGGAACUCCUCGAGGUCAUUGCUUGGUUUCAGCUCGGAUUCCAUGACAAACCAGUGGGGAUCCUGAACGUGGACGGGUACUACGACAGCUUGCUCUCACUGUUCGAGAACGCAGUGGCGCAUGGGUUCAUAGAGGAGUCAGCCAGGCGCAUUGUGGUGUCAGCAGAGAGCGCAGAAGAGCUGAUCAGGAAGAUGGAGGCGGAUAUGGGUGAAAGGGUGAGGGUGAAGGACGCAAGCAAGAAGAGGAAAAGGAACAAUUAACUUAACUCAAAUGCAUUCGUUGGAAGUGCCUUUUGCUUGCAUUAUUGAGUGGGAGACAAUGAGUAACUGUCAGAAUGGAAGAACAAAUUAGAAUGGCAUGAUGUUUCCACUUUGAUGAGAGAGGGAGGAUUGCAGUGCACAAUGGCAAAGCAAAGCAACGCAAUGAGGUGGACCAGUACAGUAGAGAAGAGUGUGCUGCCGCAAGUGCCCAUCUUAAUUUAACAACUUUCUGUGCUCAUAUCAUCAUGUUGUCUGUCUUUCUUGUGAGAAUUAAUAAGAAAUUCGUAUGCGUUGUGUGAUCCUUAAAUGAGGAUACCUGCCCAAACGCUGCCUUAUCUGCUUAUUAUCUACCUGUCGCUAUCUCCAACAAUGGUGGUUGUGAGCAAUUUGGAGGUCCAGCUGAUCUAAUCAUGA